CGUAGAUAUUUGCCCCUGGUGGGGAAAAGAAAUGGCCCCUGACAGCGCAGUCAUCAUGGCUGCUGACUUCGAAGUGACUUCUGUCAUUCAGCAGGGGCUUACUCGCUAGUAAAUGGGUUUAGGAUUGCAACCUGAACGGGGUUAUGCCGAGAAAUGCAUUUUCUGUAGGAGAAAAGAACUGAAGGGAGGGAUCUCCUCCUGUAAAACCUUAGUAGACCCCGCCGGGGGAAAAAUAGACGCCUUCCGAUGUAGGCAGGUGCAAAUGGGAGACGUGAAAGUCCCUUUGAAAUGUUAAAAGUUUCUUUUCCAGUCUUAUGUGGGGGGAAACCAACCCGUAGCCCUGUGGCACCUUAAAGGCUACCAAAUGUAUUAUGGCACAUGCUAGUCUUUUAAGUUGCUGCAAGAUUCUUUUUUGUGUUUGCCUCUCAGGGAAACGCAAUUUAUAUUUUUGGGGGGUAGAUCUUCUAUCGCAGUGGGGAACCUCAGGCCUUGGUGCUGAAUGUGGCCUUCCAGACCUCUGUCUGUCCCUUGGGACUUUCCCCCAGACCAUACCCUUCCCCCGGCCUGUUCUGCACCCUCUUCAGGUGUUUUUGUCUGGCUGGGAUGUGCCCUUAAUAUGAUCAUGCCUCUUACUUAACUGGAUGGAGAACAGAGAAUGGUGUCUGUAGAAACUACUCUACCUUAUAAAGAUUCUGGAAGAGGUUUGUAGAAAGCAGAAUUUCAGUCCCAAUGAAUAUGAUUUGAAGUUUCAGAGGACUGUGCUGGAUCUCUCUGUUCAAUGGAGAUUUGCCAACCUACCCAACAACGCCAAACUGGAGAUGGUGCCAGUCUCUCGUAAUAGAGCAGGAAUUGAAACUACGGUACGGAUUGUGCUGCAGCUGGAUGAUUGCUCUAGGCUCCAAGACACGUUUUGCUCCAGUCAGACCUUGUGGGAUAUUCUUAACCACUUUGCACAGACCAGGGUAUACGUGGAGCAGCCCUGUGAGACCUCCCCCGUCUGUAUUUACAUGCGAGAUGAGGUAACUGGGAAAACUGCUUUGGAGAAGACAAGUCUGAAGUCGCUUGGUCUGACAGGAGGCAAUGCUAUCAUCAGGGUGGUCAAAAAGAAGUCCACCACCUCUGGCCACGCAGAAGCUGGAAGUGGUGAAUAUCCUUCUGAAGAUUUGACAGCAAGGUCACCUUCCAGCGAAGAGCCAGGGGGUCUGCCUGUGCCACAUACAGCUGCCUCCCCAGCAACUUCAACCUGCAGCGAUGAGGCUGUGUUUGCCAGCAAUAGCACCGAUAAGCAGGACAGGAGUGCAGAAUCUCAGAGCAGCUCAGUGACCUGCCAUUCUCCUUCGAUGCCUUCCCCAUUUGUCCCUUUUGUAGGUGGUGGCCAACGUCUGAGUGGUGGCUCUUCUGUAUUGGAUGUGCCAUCGCCAAACCUAUCAACAUCUCUAUCCAGUCCUGGAGGGCCUUCCAAGCCAAAGAAGCUAAAAAACAGUCCAGAAAAGCUAAAGGGACAAAAAGAGCAUCUGGAGCGAGAGCCAAUUUUGUGCCAUCCAGAUCUACAGAAGCCACUGGAUUUUGGCUCACAAGAACUUCCAGAUGAGUUCUUUGAGGUGACUGUAGAUGAUGUGCGGAAACGUUUGUCUCAGCUCCAGAAUGAGAGGAAGCGUUUGGAAGAAUCUCCCUUGAUGACACGAGCACAGCGAGAAACUCAGCUGAAGGACAAGCUUGAGCGCUAUCCAAAGGUGGUACUGAGAGUUUACUUCCCAGAUCGUCACAUUCUGCAGGGCUUCUUCCAUCCCAGUGAAACAGUUGGUGCUCUGAGGAACUUUGUGAAAAGCCAGCUUGCAGAUCCAGAGAUGUCGUUCUAUCUAUUUACUACACCUCCCAGAUGCGUCUUGAAUGAUGACAGUUUGACCCUCUUUCAGGCUAACCUCUUCCCUGCUGCCAUUGUACAUUUUGGAUCUGAGAUGCAGAAAGAUUAUCUGAGGUUGGACCUCCUGGAAUCUGCUGUGUCCCCUUCUGAAGCUGACAUCUUAGUAGCUAGGCGGUUGUCUAAAUCAGCACCUCCCACUAAGCGGAAUUCAGAUCCUGUUCUUAGUUCCCUACCUAAACCAAAUGAGACUGAUGGGAGCGUGGCAAGAGGGCACUCAGAAGCAGCAGUGGCUCCUGAAGCAGCACAGCCACCAGUAAGGAGGACGCCAUCUGGGAAAGUGCCAAAAUGGCUGAAGCUGCCAGGUGGGAAGCGAUGAAGGACUUGGGAUCUCCACCUUCAGAAAGUUGCCUCACCUGGCUGAGAGGCAAGUUGGGUUGCUCUGUUUUCCUUCAUCUGAAGCUGCUGAAAGACAGGGCCCAGCAAACGGAUUUUUCAGAAUAAAAUUGCAAGCACCAUUUUCUGUUGCCCAUUCUGCUGCUCUGUGUGCAACAUUAUGUUUGGGCGGUGGGUAAAGCAGAGACACACUCCAACCACGCUGUCGUUUAAAUAACAUGGAGUAGGUGCGGAAAUUUGUAGAACUACUUUGCUGUAUUUGUUGUGUAGGUGCAGGGAACUUCAGGACCAGGAUGUUGAGGAUAAUUAAAAACCCAGUUGGGUGGUCAUAUAUGACUCUGUGACACUUA